AGGUGAACUCAAGCCUUCAGCUAGAGGUUGGAGAGAGCCACCAUGAAGAUUACAGCUGUCACCUUUUCCCUGGUGCUGGUCCUGGCCCUGGGCAGCCAGUGUGCUGAAAGCUGCCCUGGAUUUUAUAUAGUUUUCGGUCACCUAGCCUCCAAGAACCCUGAUGCUCUAAAAUGGGCAAUGGCACCAUAUCAUCCUACUAAGACUGAAGAGAAAGCCUUAUUGAAGAUACAAGAGUGUUAUAAAAAAGCUGGAAUGUUUUCAGUAUUAUUGGAUGGAACUGUUAUGGCAAAGAUGCUCUUUAGCCCUGAAUGCUUGGCAGACUUACGUUUAAACAUCCUUUCUCAUGGAUAAUGAACCAGUUGGUUUCCUUUGGACAACAUUUCAGUUACUGCCAACUCUUCUCACUCCUUGCCUACCUUAGGCCAAAGCUCAGCUCCUCUAGAAACCCUAUUCCCUGAGACCCUGCCUAGCAGGGAUGAUCAUAGACUUUGAUGAUUCUAAUAAAGCAAAUGCAC